AUGCUGUGUCAGCACGUUUGCCGGUUUGGCCGGAAGCUGGUGCGCAGGCGGCCCCUGGGGCCGAGGGAGGGGGCUGAGAGUCGCUUGGCCCAGUGCCUGAGCCCCCUCGAUCUGGUGGCCUUGGGCGUGGGCAGCACCCUGGGAGCGGGCGUGUACAUCCUAGCGGGCGAAGUGGCCAAGGACAAAGCGGGGCCGGCCAUCACCGUCUGCUUCCUGGUGGCCGCCCUGUCUUCUGUGCUGUCCGGGCUCUGCUAUGCGGAGUUUGGGGCCCGCGUGCCGGGCUCUGGCUCCGGGGGGAGCGAGGGACUGAAGGUCGGGAAAAGAGGCUUCAGUGCCCCCAGCGUGGCCAGGGCCUGGAGCGCCGCCUUCGACGACUUGACUGGGAACCAGGUCUCUCGGCUCCUGAAGGGAGGUUUCUCUCUGCGCGUCCCCCACGUGCUGGCCACACACCUGGACUUCUUCGCGCUGGGCCUGGUGUUGCUGCUCACUGGACUCCUGGUCCUGGGAGCUAGUGAGUCGGCCCUGGUUACCAAGGUGUUCACGGGCGUGAACCUUUUGGUUCUUAGCUUCGUCAUCCUCUCUGGCUUCAUGAAGGGAGAUCUGCACCACUGGCAGCUCACUGAACAGGACUACAAACUGGCCAUCUCUGCAUCUAAUGACACUUCUAGCUUGGGCCCUCUGGGCUCUGGAGGGUUUAUGCCUUUUGGCUUUGAGGGGAUUCUCCAUGGAGCCGCGAUGUGUUUCUACGCAUUCAUUGGUUUUGAUUGCAUUACCGCUACAGGGGAAGAAGCCUGUAAUCCUCAGCGUUCCAUCCCCUUAAGCAUCAUAAUCUCACUCUUCAUCUGCUUUUUGGCGUAUUUUGGUGUCUCGGCUGCACUUACCCUCAUGAUGCCCUACUACCAGAUUCAUCCCAGCAGCCCCUUGCCACAGGCGUUUCUCCAUGUGGGAUGGGUCCCUGCCAGAUACACCGUGGCUACUGGAACCCUCUGUGCUCUUUCAUCCAGCCUCCUGGGUACCAUGUUCCCCAUGCCUUGAGUGAUCUACGCAAUGGCAGAUGAUGGGCUCCUUUUCCGGCGACUCGCCUGGAUUCAUCCCCGCACACACACCCCCAUCGUGGCCACCAUAGUGUCUGGAACUUUUGCAGCAUUCAUGGCAUUCCUCUUCGAGCUCAAUGAUCUUGUGGACCUCAUGUCAAUUGGGACCCUGCUUGCUUACUCCCUGGUGGUCUUUUCCGUUCUUGUUCUCAGGUACCAGCCAGAUGAGAAUUUAAGCAAGAACGAGAGAACAGAGGUGGAAAUAACUCUCCUGCUGACGAUCCUGUGCCUGAUACUGGCCCAGUGGCCCAGCCAUCUGCUGUCCGGAGACCCGGUGUAUACCACAGGGGCCGUGUUGCUCCUGAUGCUCAUUAUUGGGCUCACUUUCAUCAUCUGGAGACAGCCCCAGAACCCCACUCCCCUUCACUUCAAGGACCUCCAGGAUCUGGCGGAGGUCCCAUGA